AACAUUGUUUUGAAUCUUCCACGCAGUCAGUCAGUCAGUCAGUCAGUCGCACUGUGCACUUCUCAUUGGUUUAGCUCUCCAUACACCCUUUUCCGCAGUAUUUCCGCCUUUAUAUUUUUGUUUCCGCGAGGGAAUGAGUUGUGCGAAUUAGACAUAGGUAAUUUUAUACAAGAGCGAGAUUUUUACAUCAGCAGGAAUCUUGAAAUCUGCAGUCAUGUCAGACCGGGGUUCUUUCGACACUAAUGUUGUGACUUUGACGAGAUUUCUGCUUGAAGAGGGCAGAAAAGCCAAAGGCACGGGCGAGCUGACAACACUCCUGAACGCGAUGUGCACGGCUGUAAAAGCCAUCUCGAGCGCUGUCAGGAAAGCAGGUAUCGCGCACCUGUAUGGCAUUGCUGGAAGUACCAAUGUGACAGGUGACCAGGUUAAGAAGCUGGACAUCCUUACCAAUGACCUCGUCAUAAACAUGAUCAAAUCCUCAUUCACCUCAUGUGUACUGGUCACUGAGGAACAUGAACACGCAAUCAUUGUGGAGCCAGAUAGACGGGGUAAAUACGUGGUCUGCUUUGACCCUCUUGAUGGAUCAUCCAACAUUGACUGUCUUGCUUCAAUUGGGACCAUCUUUGCCAUCUACAGGAAGUGCACAGACAGCGACCCGUCUGAGAAAGAUGCCCUUCAACCUGGCAGAAACAUAGUGGCUGCUGGAUAUGCACUUUAUGGCAGUGCAACCAUGAUUGUCCUCUCCACAGGUCAGGGAGUCAACUGCUUCAUGUUAGAUCCAGCUAUUGGCGAGUUCAUUCUGGUUGACAGAGAUGUGAAGAUUAAGAAGAGAGGCAAGAUCUACAGUCUGAAUGAAGGUUAUGCCCUUUAUUUUGAUCCUGCCGUCACAGAGUACCUGCAGAAGAAAAAGUUUCCAGAGGAUGGCAGUGCACCCUAUGGAGCGCGUUAUGUAGGCUCAAUGGUGGCAGAUGUGCAUCGGACGCUUGUUUACGGAGGAAUCUUCCUUUACCCUGCAAAUGUGAAGAGCCCCAAAGGAAAGCUCAGACUGCUCUAUGAGUGCAACCCCAUGGCCUUCAUCAUGGAACAGGCCGGAGGGAUGGCCACCACAGGGACCACCAACAUCCUGGACAUCCAGCCCGAGAGCCUCCAUCAGCGGGUACCUGUGGUGAUGGGUUCCCCUGAUGAUGUCCAAGAGUACAUCUCCAUCUUUCAGAAACAUCAUAAAUGAAGAGCAAUAGUCAGAAUGCAUAACAAAGACUCAAAGAAUCAUGAAAAUAUAUCUACUUGGCACUCCAAAAUAAGAUACAAAAGUGUAUUCUUACCUUCAAAAUACCUCUAUUGAAAAACCAAACACUGUAUGUCUGCAUGAAGAAAUAUAAGAAGAAUUUUUGAAGACGCUGAUUUUUUUUACAUCCAAACUUUAGAACAUUUGAACAUUUAGUUGAGGCUGUUUUUAGAGAAACACACUGCUUUCCACAUUAGACAGUUUCCCUGAGUGUUAACGGCUGCUGAAUUUGUCGGCUAAAAAGACAGAAGCAAGUUCAUGGCAUCAAUGAGGAUGAUUUGAAUCAAAGUUGAUCUUGUUUCUGUCUGUACAGACCAAAUAAUCACUUGUGCCCUAUUGCACCCUAUUGAGGGAAGCUGUGAAUAAAGUUCUUGAAAAAAAAUCUGAGCCUUUU